AUGUUUAGACAAGUUAAAAGAAGAACAGCUGGUAGAAGAAACUUUGAAGAGUCAAAUAAUAAAAAAUUAGAUUAUGAUUUACCUAAAUUAUACUCAUGUCGUUUAUCAUUUUAUGAUUUACCACCAACAAGAGAAAUUACAUUAGAAGAAUUUGAAAAAUGGGCUAUUGACAGAUUAAAAAUAUUAAUUGAAAUUGAGUCAUGUAAUGCUAGAUCAAAAAGUUUAAAAGAAAUUGAAUCAUCCAUAAGAGGUUUAUUACUUAAAUAUUUACCACUAAGCGAAAAUCAAAAUAUUGAAGAAAGAAUGAAAGAUCAUUAUAGUCAUUAUAUUUUGAGAUUAGUAUUUUGUAGAACAGAAGAAUUAAGAAAGAAGUUUAUUAAAAAUGAAACUAUAUUAUUCAAAGUUAGAUAUAAUUCAUUACAACCUCGAGAACAACAAGAAUUUAUUGAAUUAAAUAAAUAUAAAUUAUCAUCAUGGGAAUAUGUUACACCACAAGAAAAGUCAGAAUUAUUUGAUAAAUUAUUUGCAUCAAGUUAUUUAAUGUUAAAAAGUCAUUUUUUAUCAGGAGGCGAGAAUUUAACUUAUGAUGAAGUGAAACAACAUGUAUUAAUUAAAGAAAAUUUCAUAAAAUUACCAUUUGAAAAGAUUACAAAUUUAGUAGGUACUAGAUCUAUAUAUCUACAUAAUGGUUAUGGAUAUUUACCUACAAGUUUACAAUUAAAUUUAUUAUCAAUUGAAUUUCAAGAAAACUUAAGUUUACAAUUGAUGAAAACUUUUCAAACCAUACCUAGAUUAGAAGAAGAUGAUAGGUUAUUACCAUUAUUAAAUAAUUUAAGUAAAAGUUUUUCUAGUUUUAAAUAUGAUACAGAAAUGGAUCCAGCCUUAAUAAGUGAUAUAAAUGCAACAUCAAUAACAUCAAAUUCAAUUUCAAAACAUUUUCCAUUAUGCGCGAAACAUUUACAAAAUAAUUUAAUUGCAAAUUCACAUUUAAAAUAUGGAGGUAGACAACAAUUGGGAUUAUUUUUAAAAGGUAUUGGAUUAAAUGUUGAUGAAGCUAUAAAAUAUUGGUCACAUCAAUUUACAAAAGGUGGCUCAAUGACGGUGGAUACUUUUAAUAAAGAAUAUAAAUAUAAUAUUCGACAUCAAUAUGGUCUAGAAGGUGCACGAAUAAAUUAUAAACCAUGGGAUUGUUCAACUAUUUUAUCCAAACCACGACCAAAUAAAAAUGAAUAUCAUGGAUGUCCAUAUAGAGAUUUUUCAAUUGAUAAAUUGGUGUCAAGUUUAAAUUCAAUGGGUAUAAAUGAUCAACAAGAAUUAAAUUCUAUAGUUGAUGAUGUUGGAAGACAUGAUUAUACUAUAGCAUGUACUAGAGUAUUUGAAUUAACUCAUAAGUCUCAAAUAAAAAAUAGUCAAGAUUCGCAUAUAAAUCAUCCAAAUUUAUAUUUUGAUAGAUCAAGAUUAUUAGAAAGAGGUCAAAAUAAAGAAGCCUAA